GUUAUCUCGUAAUUACACUACUCGUGCCGUAUAUCACGUACAAUCGACUAUAAAAGUGGGGUAAUUUUACCCCAUUUUAUAAAAAGUUUUACAAUCAAACCAUCUAUCUCACUUGCUUACACAAGUUUUUACCUUGAAAACUUCACCUAUUUUUCGACUUGUAUCAUGCAAUCUAAAAUAAUUUUAUUUAUAUUCUCCCUGACAACUGUGGAUAUCUGUCGAGGGAGCAUUCUGUUUCGAACCGAAACUGAAAAUUCCUCAGGAAAAAUAGUAGGAGGCACGGACGCGAAGCCGCACGAAUUUCCUUAUCAAAUAUCUCUCCAGGAUCGUGGGUGGCACAUUUGUGGCGGCACGAUUCUCAGCGAUGUAAAAAUCGCAACGGCGGCUCAUUGCUGUGAAGACUAUUUAACGACAUGGAGCGACCUUCGCGUCGUGGCGGGCGCACACGUGGCAGCAAAUUCCAGUGAGCCCAAUCAACAAAGGAGAUCCGUUAAUCGUCCCCGCAUUUAUGACGGAUACGAUCAAUAUUACAAAACUAAUGAUGCAUGCAUUUUAACGGUUACGGAACCCCUUGAACUAAACCCCGCGGUCAAAGCAAUGCCCCUCUGUGAGGUGGAGCCUGCGCCUGGCACCGUUUGUACCGCGACUGGAUGGGGGCGCACAAACCCUGACGGUAUUAGGUGGAAAGGUCCCCUUCAAAAACUCAAUAUGACCAUAGUUUCCCGCCCAGUUUGCGAAAGAUCGUACGGACCUCUAGAGGAAGAUGUGAUCUGCGCGGGAGGAGUUUUUGGCAAAGACAUUUGCUUCGGCGAUUCCGGUGGCCCGCUAGUUUGUGGGACUGGUUCUUCAAAAUGUCUCGCGGGUGUGGCUUCCUACGUAAGUGGCAUGGGCUGCGCGCAGGGAAUACCUUCCGGAUUUACGAAUGUGGCCUGGUUCUACAAGUUCUUCACGAAUGACGGAUAAUUCACUCAUGUCGUCUUAAUAAACAUUCUUUGAACUACAAAUAUAAAUAAUAAAUAAAAUU